ACAUAAUUAAAAAAAUUGUGUCUGUAUCUAAACCUACCUAAUUUAAACUUGGAAAUUCAUGUUUUGGAACGUAAUGAAGAUAUUGAGUGUUCGUUUACAAUUACUCCAAAAAGAGGCAUCUGUGUUUGAAAGCUCGAACUAAUAGAAAGGGCGGCCACAGCAGUGCUAACACUAUUUAUUUUAGUUCAUAUUCUAACCACUAGAUGGAGCUACAUGGGCACGACAUUUUGUAAACAGUCAAUUAGAUUCCUUUUUAUUUAUUAAACUAAUUAAGUAUUAAGGAGACUGAAAUGUGGAAACAUUAAAAAGGUAGAAUACAACCAAACAGGAUAUGAAACCCAAAGUUUCCAUAUUGAAGCUGAGUAAAACAGCCGAAAUUUAAGAAGAAGCCGAUUCCCUGCCCGUUCCAUAGAUAAUACACUAUAGACUAGCCAGUACGAUACAAGACAUUCACUACGAUAGACGUCACGUCAUCACAAUAAUUUAAUAAUGCCUUCUUGUGUUGUUAAAUGUUGUAAAAAUUCUUCAGUGGUGCAAAAUAAAUCCACUGGAAUUUCAUUUCACAAGUUUCCAAGGGAUUUUAUUCAGAAACAAGAAUGGAUCAACAUUAUAAGAACAUGCAUAAUGCGGAACUGUUGGACACCAUCGAAGUUUAGCGUUGUAUGUUCCAUUCACUUUUCAAUCGAUGACUUCUACGUUUCUCAGCGAGGUAUGCGGUUUCUGAAGAAAAAUGCUGUACCAAAACAUAAGCUAUGCGGGCAAUAUACUGGAAAAGGUAUUUCGCAGAAAAUGCCGGCACCAAACACCUCAAAUCCUGAAGCACAAAUGCAAAGUACCGUGAUUGAAAAAGAGCCUUACGAUCCAGAAUACUAUUGGGGUAAAAAUUCAAAUGAAGUUAAAUCGUCAGUACCACAAGAAAGAACUGAGCCGUUUACUGACCAAGUCGUCCAAAGCGAAUGUUUAUUAAAAAUAGCCAACGAGUUUAAAAGUACUGUUGUAGUGAAAGUAGGGACACAAGAUUCUGAUAUAUUUGAAAAUGAAGAAUUAUUUGAGCAUAAUCCUACAUCAAUGGAAGCAUUUAAAAUGAAAAUGGAACCUAAAAGCCCAUCAACAUUUGAUAGUCGUGCUGAAGAACAGACAACCAACCAAUGUCAAAAAAGCCCUCGAAAUCCAAUACAAUAUUAUAAUAGAUUUGAAAAUGAAGAACCUUUUCAACAUGAGCCUACAUCAAUUGAAGAAUCGGAAGUGAAAAUGGAACCAGAAAGUCCAUCAACGUCAUCAAUGUCUGAUGACGUUGAAGAUCAAUCUAUUGAUUCAAGCGACGAAUGUCAAGAAAAUCCUCGAAGUCUGAAUCCAACCGUACAAGAUUUAAAAUUAAUUGCAAUUUGUAAUUCACCUUUAGAAUUUAAGUUAAGAAACAAACUAAAGAAGCAGAUACAGCUCUCAGAAAUACGCAAGAAAAAGAUGAAAAUGUUAUACCAAAAAAUACGAACAUUGCAAGCUGCUAAUAAAAAAUUGAAGGAGACUGUUAAAAAGUUAAAGAAGGAAAGAUCAUGAUUUAACAGUUAAUAGUUAAAACUAUAUGGAAAUCUUACUUUUUUACAUUACAUAAGUAUAUUUUUUUUCGCUUCAACAUACAACUACUUUUAUUUUUACUUGUGCUUUUGAAUAUCCAUGCGCUCGCUUAUUUAACUAAGAAUAAACAGAAACAAAUUUUAAAAAUUGGUGGUUUGCUGAAAACAGCAGUGACCAAUCCAAUUUAUAAUUGAGUGCAGACGCCUGUUGAAAUUAUUAGUACUGUUUUUUCUGUGGUAAUGGCGCCUUAUGAAAAUGUCAUACAUUUUUAAAUUGGAGGGUUCUACAAUUAUAAAUGUAAAGGCGUUAUUUCACGUCCUUACCCAAACCUGAGCCCCUAAUUGCUCAAACGCAUUGAAAUGACAUUUAUUUUCGACAAGCCACGUGACUUAGACUUGUCAUUUGAAUACAUUCGAGUUAUUCGAACUUAAUAGCGAGUCUAGUCAACGUAACCUCAUGGAGUAUUAACAUACAGCAGUCAAACCUCCCACGUAAUGCGUUACAGCAGUUUUGACAAGCUAGUAUUAGUUAAGAUCGCACCAACAAUAAAGUUGUUACAUUCGG